AUGGGUAUAAAGGAGAGCACUCCAGUGAUGCGCUGCUGCGUGGCCACGCUGUGGCUGUCGACGCUGAUCGCGUUGGUGGCGUCUGCCCCGUCCUCCGCCGAGGAUGCAGCACCCCGCGACUCUCCCCUGGCCCAGCUGGACAACGAUUUGGAAGUGACCGACGAAGAGAAACGAGCAUGGUCCAGUCUGCACGGCGGCGGCGGCUGGGGCAAGAGGGGCUGGCAGGACAUGAGCUCGGCUUGGGGAAAGCGCGCCUGGCAGGACCUUAACACCGCCUGGGGCAAGCGAGGCUGGCAGGACCUUAACUCGGCAUGGGGCAAACGUGGAUGGCAAGAUCUCAACUCGGCAUGGGGCAAGAGGGGGUGGCAAGACCUCAACUCGGCUUGGGGCAAAAGGGGCUGGCAGGAUCUCAAUACCGCUUGGGGCAAGCGCGCGUGGCGCGAUAUGUACCAGAGUCCCUGGGGCAAGCGCGGCUGGCAGGACAUGAGCUCCGCUUGGGGCAAACGCGGCUGGCAAGACAUGAGCUCUGCUUGGGGAAAGCGAGGACCUUCUGCCAAAUGGGUCAACUUCCACGGCUCUUGGGGCAAAAGAGCAUUCGAUGAACCAGAAACCGAAGAUUAUGACGUUGCAGUGGAAUCCAUACUCCCCGCACAACAGGUUGAAAAGGUGGAAAAACCCGAGAAAAAGAGCUGGUCGGCGCUGCACGGGGCCUGGGGCAAGCGGCCAGCUAAGCAGGCGCAAUACAACAGCGGUUCGUAUUACUGGAAGCGAGAGCCCGGCUGGACGAAUUUGAGGGGAAUGUGGGGAAAGCGCGCCCAGUGGCACCCCAAUCUAGAUGUCCUCGAUACGGACGAGCACGAGAGCAGCACCGCAGCAGACGAGGCC